AUGGAUUUCUCAAUCACAAUGUCCGACUCCAAGGCCUCCAACCCCAUGCGGGAGCUCCGCAUCCAGAAGCUCGUCCUCAACAUCUCCGUUGGCGAGUCUGGUGAUCGUCUCACUCGUGCCGCCAAGGUGCUUGAGCAGCUGUCCGGUCAAACUCCCGUUUACUCCAAGGCCCGCUACACCGUCCGUACUUUCGGUAUCCGAAGGAACGAAAAGAUUGCUGUCCACGUUACCGUCCGUGGCCCCAAGGCCGAGGAGAUCCUCGAGCGUGGUCUCAAGGUCAAGGAGUACGAGCUCCGCAAGCGCAACUUCUCAGAGUCCGGCAACUUCGGUUUCGGUAUCAGCGAGCACAUCGACUUGGGUAUCAAGUACGACCCUAGCAUUGGUAUCUACGGUAUGGACUUCUACGUCUGCAUGACCCGCCCCGGUGAGCGUGUCGCCAAGCGCAGGAGGUGCAAGAGCAAGAUCGGCCCAUCCCACCGCGUCAACCAGGCCGAGACCAUCAAGUGGUACAAGAACCGAUUCGAGGGAAUUGUCCGAUAAACGUAUCGACGGAGCGGUGAAGAGGGAACGAAGUGAAGAUUCUGCACGAUAACCAGCAUUUUCGGUCUCGGGGGUUCGGUCCAACGGAGUCCUGGAAUGUAUCUUACAAAAAGAGCAAGCAUUGAACUUGCGGCCUAUCAAUGGAGCUUGGCCUUUGUCUCUUAUGAGCGGGUCUACGACCACGUAUACAAUGGAGGCUUCACUAGGGUGAAUGUUCCGCGUAACCAUUGUGUGGUCAU